AUGAUCAAGCUUGCUGAAUAUUUCUUGUUUGGCAUAAUCGCAUUUAAUCAGUGUGGAUUUCUGGAUUGUACGCAAUCGGUGUGUGUGCUAGAGGAUGCUCCAAAUCAGUGCGGAGCCUUCUGCUUUUCAGCAUUACGUCCGUUUAUUGAUCACAAGGCCAGGACUAUACAGCAAUGGAACUCCCAUGGUGUCACACUAAACGAAACUCUGGAAAAACUGGAUACGAUCGAAAGCCUAUUGCAGAAAGUUCCAUUAAUUGCAGAAAGCACAUGGAAGACGGAACAGUUGGAGGGUAAAUUACAGAAAUUACAGACAGAAAUGCAGGCGCUACAAGAGAAGUUCGAAAGCCAGUGCGUAUAUCUUCAGGGAAUGAUUUCCAAAAUUUUAUUAAGAAAUUCCUAUGAUUAUUACGAGCUAAUCGGCACAAGGCUGUUUUACAUCGAAAACUCAAAAAUAUUGAAUUUCAAUGACGCUGAAAAGACCUGUCGCAAGUUGGGUGGUCAUCUGGCGACCUUUCAGAAUCAACAAGAGUUAACUGAAAUCAAAGAGAAGCUCAAAGAGGGAUACUCCUACUGGCUGGGCAUCAACGAUCUGGCCAAAAGCGGCGAUUACGUAUCCUUCGCUUCCGGAAAGCAACCAACUUUUUUCCAUUGGGGCGAUUCUCAGCCCUACAACGAAAAUGCCAUUGACCACUGCGUAUCACUUCAAAAUUACGCAAUGUAUGUCGUUUCGUGCUCAGAAGGACAUCCCUUCAUUUGUCAAGCAGAUGAAAAUUAG